AUGGCACCUUCUUCUACGCCACCGAAUGAAAAGGCAGAGGUCUUCCAAGCAGAGACAGCGCCUAAUCAUGGCCACGUUAAAGGACAGGUUGGGCGCAUCGGCGCUAUGGCAACUGCGCCUGGGACGACACUCGAGUCUUUUUCCCAUCUCGAUGAGAAGAAGAUUCUACGAAAGAUGGACUUGCGCCUGAUUCCCAUGCUUGCACUACUCUAUCUUCUCUCGUUCCUCGACCGAGGAAAUAUCGGAAACGCAAAGAUUGAAGGCCUCCAGGAGGAUCUCGAAAUGAGUCCGGACCAAUACAACUGGUGUCUCACCGUCUUCUUCUUUACAUACGCCGCCUUCGAAGUCCCCUCCAAUCUGCUCCUCAAAAAGCUCCGCCCAAGCAUCUGGCUUCCUACAAUCAUGGUAGCAUGGGGUCUUGUGAUGACCUUGAUGGGUAUCGUUCAGAACUAUACUGGCCUUCUUAUCGCUCGAGUCUUCCUGGGUGUUACCGAGGCUGGUCUAUUCCCUGGUGUCGCGUAUUACCUUACAAUGUGGUACUGCCGGCAUGAGAUCCAAUUCCGACAGGCCCUUUUCUUUUCCGCUGCUUCUAUCGCCGGUGCAUUCAGCGGUCUUCUUGCAUUCGCCAUUGGAAAGAUGGACGGUGUCGGUGGACUCGAAGGAUGGCGCUGGAUCUUCAUUCUUGAGGGUAUUGUCACCGUUCUGGUCGCUGUCUUUGCCUUUUGGGCUCUUUACGACUUCCCCGAGACAGCAGGCUUUUUGACUGAGGAGGAGCGAGCUUUCGUCGUCUUCCGACUCAAAUAUCAGGGUCAAAGCCAGUCUCGUGUUGCCCAGACCGAUGAGUUCAAAUGGACUUAUGUCUGGGACGCCUUCAAAGACUGGCAAAUUUGGGUCAACAUCUUUGUUUACUGGGGAAUUGUUUGCCCACUCUAUGGAAUCAGCCUUUUCUUGCCCACUAUUAUUCGAAAUCUUGGCUACAGCUCGAGCACCGCUCAACUGAUGACUGUACCUAUCUACAUCACUGCAGCUAUCCUGGCUGUAAUUGUUGCCUGGACAUCAGAUCGGGUUGGAAAGAGGAGUCCUUUCAUCGUAGUAUUCCUCUGCAUCAUGAUCGUCGGUUUUUCAAUGCAAGUCCCUGAUGCAGCUUUUUCUAAGAACUUCACGCUAACAAUCGAAACAGGUGCAUUUCCACCACCAAUCCAAAGGUCGUCAUUCCCUGGAGUCAUCACAUGGUUGGCCAACAAUCUGUCCGGAAGCUACAAACGAAGUGUCGGUAUGGCUAUUCAAAUCGGUGUUGGAAACCUUGGCGGCGCUAUGGCAUCGAACUUCUAUCGACAAAAGGACGGACCUCGCUACAUCCUGGGUCAUGCUUUGGAACUUGGUUUUAUUGGUGGUGGUAUCAUCGCAGCUCUUAUCUUGAUCUUUGGAUAUAGCCGUAUCAACAAAAGUCGUGAGAGAAGGAUGGCGGCUGGCGAACACGAGACAAUAUCUGAAGAGGAGCUUUCGGCCAAGGGAGACAAGGCUGUGACCUGGAGAUAUAUGCACUAG